AUGGCAUCAGGUCGUCGAAUACUUGUCGUCGGAGGUGGGCUCGGGAUCGGUCAAAAGGUCACACAAUAUCUACUCCAACACCACACGGCGAAAGUGGUCGUCUUUGGCCUUCACGUCGCCCCUGAACUUGGUCCUCUGGCCUCGACGGGCCGUCUACACAUCGUCCAAGGAGAUGCCACCUCAGAUGCGGCGAGGGCACAGGCCCGCGAGGCUGUUCUGGAGUUCAUGGGCGGAAUCGACACGCUGGUCAUCACGGUGGGCGUCAUGGGGGAGAUUCAACGACUGGGAGGAAUGAGCUCUGUGAAACUCCUCCAGACGUACAGUAUUAACGUCUUUGCCCCAAUGUUGAUGUGCCAAACUUUUCUACCCGAGCUGCGCAAGACUCGAGGGGACAUUAUUAUCCUGUCCUCGACAGUGGACAAAAACGUCAAAUACGCCGGCUGGAUCCAAUACUGCUCGAGCAAAGCAGCCCUGACCCGCUUCAUCCAGGUCCUGGCCCAUGAAGAGUCCGACGUCAAGGUCCACGGAGUCUAUCCCGGUCUGACCAAGACCACUAUGCCAGCAGAAAUCAUUGCGGGCAAAUUCACCGGCAUCAUGACAGACGACGAGGUCCAGAAGUUUCGGAACUGGGACAAGUUGGGAGAGAUAGAGCCGCCGGAAUGGUGCGCCAAUGCCGUUGCCAAGUUGGCUGCCAGAGACAUCCCGGUCUGGACGAACGGCGUGUGUCGGUAUUACUACGAGUAUGAUCCGGACUGUAGGAACCUUCGAGGUUCGGCCCAGCUAUAA